AUGAGUGGCAGAGUGGCAGUUCUUUCUGGUCCUGGUGAGCUUGUCAAGAUCGAUGGCCGCUUCACAGGAGAGAAUUACAUUGAAAUCCUCGAGCAAGUGUUCCUUCCAACAGUUCGGGCUAUGGCAGUUCCAGCUCCUGGUGUAAUCAAGUUGGUCCAUGACCAAAGUCCCAUCCACAACAGCCACGUAGUAGGAUGUGACUUGAACCCAAUCGAACACCUUUGGGCUAUGAUGGUUCGGGAGUUGAAUGUUGGGGAGCAGCGUACCCGCCAGGCAGAAGAAACUAAAGCCUAUGUCAUGUGGGUGAAUGUCCGUCGACGUCCCCAACUGUGUAUGAAUCUUGUAGAUUCCGUACCUGCUCGUCUGUGUGAGGUCACAGAUGCAGAUGGAGGUUGGACAUCCUACUCAUUGUAUAUUAUCAGUACUAAUAAUAAUGAUAAAAUAUCAACAUUAGCUCACAUGUUUUUAUCUAUGUUCCUUUUACUUGAUUACUAA